AUGCUCCGAAUAGCAUCCACAAAUAAUUUCAUCAAAUAUAUUUUGGUAACAGGUGGUGUGAUAUCAGGAAUUGGUAAAGGUAUAAUAUCAAGUAGUAUUGGAACAAUCUUACGCGCUCAAGGAUUUCGUGUUACAUCCAUUAAAAUCGAUCCGUAUAUAAACAUCGAUGCUGGAACAUUUUCACCCUAUGAACAUGGUGAAGUAUUUGUACUGGAUGAUGGUGGUGAGGUUGAUUUAGAUUUAGGAAAUUAUGAACGAUUUUUGGAUGUCACAUUACAUCGUGAAAAUAAUAUAACAACAGGAAAGAUAUACCAAUAUGUUAUUGAUAAAGAACGAAGAGGAGAUUAUCUUGGUAAAACGGUACAAGUUGUACCUCAUAUUACGGAUGCUAUUCAAGAAUGGGUUGAACGUGUUGCGUGUAUAUCCGUCGAUGAAGAUAAAGCAGAACCAGAUAUUUGCAUUAUUGAACUUGGCGGAACAGUCGGUGAUAUUGAGAGUAUGCCAUUUGUAGAGGCAUUUCGUCAAUUUCAAUUUCGGGUUAAAAAAGAUAACUUUUGUGUCGUUCAUGUUAGUCUUAUUCCACAAGUGAUAUGUGUACCAGAUGUAAAAACAUUGUAUCGUGUUCCAUUAUUAUUAGAAGAAAAUGAAAUAUCAAAAUAUUUAGCUUCACGAUUGAAUUUACAAUUAAAACAUGAUUAUGAUCGAUCGUUAAUGAUCAAAUGGAAAGAUUUAACAGAAAGAAGCGAACGUUUAUUGGAUGAAGUGGUUAUUACUAUCGUUGGAAAAUACAUUGACUUAGAAGACUCCUAUGCAUCGGUUGUUAAAGCAUUACAUCAUGCAACAUUAUUCUGUAAUAAAAAAUUAAUUCUUCGAGUAUGAUUUUGAACUUGUUUAGCUUCGUUCAAAUGAAGCAGUUCUCUUUUUGAGUAAAUGUACUUUUGAUCAUCAAAUUUUUCAGCAUGCAUCUUACAUUCUUAUUUCUUCUUUUAUUAAGCCGACUGAGUAAAACUAAGUCGGCUUAUUACUUUUCACUUUGAGCCAUGUGUUCUGGUUUUUCUUUCUUUCUCUAUCCUUUUCCUUCGAUGUUUUCAUCCAUCGCUCUCGGUUAUUUCUGAUCGUGCAGAUAUGAGAAAAAGAUGAUUCGAAAGUAGAAGAGUUGUACAUGACACAACUGAAGUUAGUCUUCGGAUAUUUGCUGUAGCUAUCCUAUAAUUAGUGCCACAAAAUGAGUAUAUUUUUCAGAAAACUAUUGUUUCUCCUAUGAGAUAAUUAAUCGCCAGGUGAUAUCCUUUUGUAGUGAAUAUAUACUACUAUAUAGUGCUUGAUACGAUAUGAUGAAAGCUAUAGCCGAAUGUAUGAUAGAAUAAUGAAUCAGUUAAUACGAUAGUGUGAAUAAUGUGCUGUAGAAGAUAAAUGUAGGUACAUAAAAUUCGAAACAUAUUUUUGUUACUAAAGGAGAAAACAAAUAUAGCAGUUUACUAAACCACUGUACUGCCACAGGUAGAAGCUAGCUGGUUCCAUUCGCGUUUCACUCAAUCGACUUUUAGUCUUCACAAAGCGCAGUUGACAUCUAGUUUUAUUUCUCUUUCGAAUGGUAAAAAUCAUCUUUAGCUCCCCAUACUCGCUAUACUAUAUCCAGUUAGGUAUUGUUCUCUGUUUGAUCAAAUUGCUUUAUUGUAUUCAUUCCUGUGCAUCAUAUUUAAUAACUCUAUAAAAUUUAAAUUGUUUUUACAAUAUAUUCUAUUCCACAUCCUGUGACCGCCUCUUCCUAGAUUAUCUUGGUCCCUAUACACCUUCCGAUCGUAUCGUACAUGUGGCUGUCGUUUUUUCUCUUACGGUAGUAAUCUGUUACUUGUUACGCUUGGUCGCAGUUUAUCAUACACCUAAGUGCAAUACUACAGCUGCUCAUCACUCUGGGUGUUUCAUUUGGGAAGUCGUAUCUAUCGACCUAGAAACGAAAUCAAUAAUGAGCAUUCGGAAGCACUUCAAAAUCUGAAUAGAAUGAUCAAUACCUUAGAACGUUGUCUAGAUACCUCCUUUUUGUUUCUGGCUAUCUAAAAGAUUCUCCAAAAUCAGCUUACUCUUUCUUUUCUUGCUCUCAACGAUCUUAACAGUUUCGUCCAGACCGUCAUUACCAUGAGAAAUAUUAUAUUUUAGCAGGCAUUUAGCUAUAUAUUCUAACAUGCAAAAUAAAUAUCGCAGUAAAUUGCUAAGUUGUUUGAAAAGAAGUGAAAUAAAAAGCAGUAUACAAAAUAUACUUCGUAUCUUAUACAUACGACACAGAGUCAAGUACUUGGAAAUAGUAGUCCUUACAAUCUCUAUAAAGCAUAACUCAUUCUACGCUUUGUUUCUAUCUUUUUUUAUGCAUAGUUCUUUAUGAUUUUAUUUAAUUUUCGAAAAAAUGGUCUAUUUUAAUUAAGGGUUGGGGGGGGGGGGGGGGGGGGGGGGGGGGGGGGGGGGGGGGGGGGGGGGGGGGGGGGGGGGGG